AUGCGUUUCACACUCGCUGCCUCCGUUAUCUCUCUCGUCAUCUCUGCCGGAGCUCUGACCGUCACUGAGCCUGAGCAGGGCGCGGACAUUUCCCCUUCCAGCUCGGUUGAUGUUAAGUGGACUUCUGUCGACACUGACGCCAAGAGCUUCGACAUCUACCUGGUCAACUAUGUCGUUUACCCUAACGUGAACAAGAAGUUGGCCUCGGAUAUCAGCACCUCGGAUGGAUCCCACACCGUGAACAUUGGCAGCCUCGCUGAUGGACAAGGAUACCAGAUCAACCUGAUGUCCGAUUCCAACACUGGAAUCCUCGCUCAGACUGGGCAAUUCAACAUCACCGGCUCUGCCAGCGAGUCGUCGACCACUUCGUCUGGCUCGACCACUUCGACCACUUCCACUGCCUCUGGUACCACUCUCACUGGUACCAAUACCGCAACCACCGCAGCUUCUGGCCUGCAGACCUCUGCCUCCUCUACCCAGAACUCCACUGCCGCUGCCACGUCCGCUCACGCUACCGGAGCUGCCUUCACCCUCGCCGCGAACCCUGCUGCUGCAAUUGGCGUCAUCGGUGGUGCUUUGGCUUUGAUGCUCUAA